GUCAAUGUUUGGCAAUUGUUGGUGUUAGGUGGCAUACUGUCGGGUGGUAGGUACUGAUAAUGAAUUGCAGAGAUGGGGGCGCUGGCCAGAGUACGCACCAUCGCCGCACCGUCAACAUGGAGGCGAUAAAAGUGACGGUGGUGGUAGUGGCGGUGUUGACAGUGAUGGUGGCGGGUCAGGGAGAAACACCUGACUUGCCUGACAUCUGGAAGAUGGUGGAGGACUCCUAUGACUCUCUUCUCACCGUCAAUUUCCCGGACCUAGACCCCGGGGCGACCAUGCUGGUGGACGAGCUGUACGACAUCAAGGAGGAGAAGGGCGUGGUGAAGGUGGUGUCCAAGGGAGUCACCACCACCAACAACUACUACACCGCCAGCCAGCAGUCCUUCCUGGUGAUUGGCGAGACCUGCCAGACAUUAAUGGUGGGGGAGGAGGACAACUACAGGUUAUGGGGAUGGAAUUACGACAACUCCAUAUCCGCGGGAGGCAAGCAAAACUUCCUGUACGGCCCCUCAGCCCUGCUCAGAAUCCCGAGGGACUUUGGCAAGAAUGUGGCCUUUCGACACGAGGCAACGGUGCGGGACAUCAAGGCUCUCCGCUGGACCCUCUAUCACCCCAGCAACCACACCAUUGACUACUAUUUCGCCGCCGAAGACUGGCUGAUGCCAUACGGCAACUCCCUGAACGGCACCAGUCUGCAGGCGCCGCUACUUGUCACGGUGAACGGUUUCCAGGUCGAUCCGUGGGACGUGGAGGCAGGCAUGAAAAAUCAGACAGUUUACUACGAAUACACAGACUUCAAACCUUAUGUGGCGCCCGAGCAGAGGAAUAGGUUUUUGGUGAGGAAUGGUUUGGAAUGCAAAGAUAGGAUGACGCUGGACCCAAACUACAUCGACCCCCCGAAUGCUCCCGACCGAUUCCAGGUGUUCACAGAGACAGUCUUGGUGCCUGAGAGAAGUUACAUCAAAGAUUACGUCAUCUAUAAGUCCUGGCUCUACUACGAUAGGACCAAGAAACUCCUUCGUUUCGACGUGAACCCAGGCAUGGAUCUUCAGGAACCAACGGCCGCCUACAAGAGUAUCCACGACUAUAACACUGGCAUCGAGUACCGCAUCGACGUGAACACAGGGGAGUGCCAGAUGAAGGCCCUCGAUGACCACCAGUUCGGGAACCAAAUAGGCAGCAACACCAUCGGCGGCAUCAUCAUGGCUGACCCAGACCAUCUCUUCCAUCUCGACGAUAAGUACAUAUUCAGCGGGUUAUCUGAGAGGAGGGGCGUGAAGACGAGACGCUGGACUGCUGUGAGGGACGACAUCUUCAGCGUAGAACAAAAUCAGAUGCUUAAGAAAACGGUUGUCGAUUAUCACUUCAGCUCGGAGGAUGUAGUGAAUGAGGAUGAGAGGGAGGGCACAAGGCUACCCAUACAAGUGGAGGCAACUGUGUACUUCAACAACGACACCGACAAAAUCGACUACCGCGACAUCCUCAACCUCCUCAACAUGCAGACGUCAUUCCAGGAGUACGACUUCAACCCAUUCCAUGUCGGCGAGUGCUUGGAUCGCCCCACGGACAGAACCUGGCUCAAGAUUACCUUUGCUGGUGACUGGUUUCACGGCGCCUCGCAGAUGCCAGGGGAGUUUAGUAGGAAGCUGAUCGAUUACGUGGCGACAAAGACCAAGUCCUCCUACGUCAGGUUCCCGGAGGUGCAGCUGGAACACGACAUGAGUGGCUUCGUGUAUGCUUCGAUGCUGCUCCUGGAACCCGCGCCUUACUUGCUACAGUUCCACAAACUUCCUGACCGAGUGCCUACCUCUAGCGAGACUCUGAUCCAAGUAAAGAUGCACGAUGAAGAAAAUUGUGCCUACAUUUGUCUCAGCUAUGAGAAAUUCGUCUGCAAAUCGUUCUACAAAUGCAAGGGGGACGGGAAGACCUGCUACGUGAGUAACUACAAGAACCCAAUCGGCACCAACCUGAACGUGAAGGCGUGCCCCCAUUAUAGCAAGUCCCUCGUCACCGACAGCAAGGCCGUGCAGGAAAUCAACGAAGUGAUCGAGGCCAAGCUCGGGUUUUUCAUUAUGACGGAAAACUUCACUAUCGAACUGGAAUACAAAGAUCACGAUGGAGUGGUCCAGAAGGGGAAGUACCGCGCACUGUUCGAGUCGGAGGAGAUCAAUGGAGAUGACCCCGUGUUUGUUGACAUUGUGCGGGACGACUUCUACUUGCUGAGGAAACGAAACAAGCUGGCCAACAAGUUCACUGACCUCAGGAUACCCAAGGUGAGCUACGGCACCUGCCUUGCCAAGUGCCUGGGUCAGAUGAGCUUCGAGUGCGAGACCUUCUCCUACUGCUACGACACCCAGGACUGCCUGCUGUCCGCCAAGGCAGAGGAGAAGCCACCGCCAGACGCUGACCUCGUCUCGCAGGUUGAUUGCGUCGUGAUUGCCCGUUCCCACUUGAAUGACUACGAUCUGCUGGAAGGUUUUGUGUACCUGGGUGACCCUAAGGAAGUCCACACCACCCUCAGUCCAGAGAGAUGCGCCUACUUCUGUGACAACACCGCUGACUUCACCUGCAGAUCCUUCGACUUCUGCCUUGACUCCCUCAAAUGCAGCCUGUACGACCACCACACGGCUGACGCCCCAGACACCAUGUUCAACACUAGCAAGGACUGCAUGCACUUCUCCCGUAAUGCCCUCGUGGAUUUCACCAAACACGCCAACCAGAAGAUUGAUGGCACCAGGGACAGAUACAUAAAGGACACCACGCCUGCUGCUUGUGCCCAGGUGUGUGAGAACGAGCCAGACUUCGGGUGCAACGGGUUUGACUUCUGCAACGAGCAAGAGUCAGGCGGCAUAACGUGCUUCCUCACCCAGGACCACUACUCCGACGACGGCACCCACAUCAGCGACUCCCUCACCUGCGACCACUACUCACGUGACUAUUACGAGGGGGAGGACAGGAAUACCUACGCUCACAACAAGAAGACGAACUACAUCUAUGGACCAGGAGACAUGGCGGGGCUGGCUUGCUCUAUGCUCGUCAUCUCAAUCGGCUUCACCUUCGCCGGAGUCUACGCUUACAACAAAUACAAGAAGUAGGCACCACCACAAGAAGUCAAGACCAUACGCCACUCCGCACUGAUCUGAGCGGCGGAGGGUUCCUGGAGGAUAAACAAAGCAGCGUUCGGGUCUAUUUGAAAGUUAUAAUUCAACACUGGCUUGAAUGCAACUCCUAAUCCUUACUUUUCUUUAUCUUCUUGCGGUGUUAAACUUAAGUCACUAUGUAAAUUAUCUUCUACCUAACAGUGUAAAUACGUUAAGUAGCAUUGGAUAAAUAUCUGAUAUAUAAUAAUUCCUUUACGAGUAGCUUAUACAACCUUACCUAAGAAACGUUGAUCUGAAAAAUUGUAUACGCAAUGUAAGCUUCUACAGCUAUUUUAAUAAAUUAGUAUGUAGAA